AUGAGUCAAGGUUCUCCAUUCCAUCCUCUUCCAAAUGGUCGUUGUUUUCCAGAACAAUCACCACCACCACAACAACAACUGAACUUGGCAUUCCCAUUCCGAACGGGUGAAAGUCCACCUUGGGAUCUAUUCCCUAAUCAACCACCACCACCACCAACACAGCCACAACAACCCUCUUCCUCGCAACAGCAGGUUCCUUCAACUCGACCUUCAUCAUUGCAUCAAAAACCUGCAAAAAAGCAAAAACGACCACAGAACUCGAAAAAUUCAAAAAAUUCAUCGUCCAAACCUGUGCAACACAAGAAUGUUCAUCAUCACAACUCGUCCAUGAACAGCGAAAAGGACAAGAUAUUGAAAAAGAUGAAUGCAUUGAUUGAUGAAAUUUCAGUAGCAGAGCAACAUGCACAAUCAAUAUAUUCAUGCGUCUCGUUGUUUGAGGUGAAAACAUGUAUUGAAAGUAAUUUUAGUCAAAUUGAUUCGUUCUCAAAAAUUGACCUCUAUUUAGUGGCAGAAACAUUGUGUGGAAAAACAAAAUCUUAUUUUGAGAAAUUCAUGACAAAUGUAAACCCUGAAAUGUAUUUUAUUUUGAAGAGCUUUGUGUACUUUACCAAUCAAAUCAAGUAUUUCCUCCUGAAAGGAGAUGAAGUUUCUAAAUAUCGAAAACAAGGCCUUUUGGAAUAUGACGAUCACAUUUCAAAUGAAAAACGAACGAAAAUAUUUCUUGAUGGUGGUAGAGACCAUGAAAGUGGAUCAUCAAAGAGAGAAAUUAUUGUUGUCAAUGAGGCCAAAGAUUCAAAAUUGAAAGAGCUCUUGAUGGACUUGUCCACAAGUCUCCAAUUGAAAUUUCCCAAUGUCAAAUCGAGAGGAUUAUCUGGAUCUGAGUUGAAACGUUUCUACGCAUACAUUAGUGAAUUUGUGAGCUCAUGUAUGGGCGGGUAUUCUCCAAAUAUUGCAGACUUUUCGUCGACACACAUUUCCAACCUUGCAAAACAAAGGAAAUCGAAGUUCAUUUUCAUUGGAGAUGUUCGUUUUGGAGUGUGUCGACAUCGCUCCAUUCUAUUCAAAUACAUUUGUGACUAUUUAUUUAUGGAUGGAUUUAAAGAUAUUCGAUGUCGACUCGUUCGAGGAACGUGUUCAGGAGGAAAUCAUGCUUGGAAUAUUGUUUCCAUUGUGGACACGAAAUCCAACUCUGCAACACUUCCUGACUUGUAUUUGGUUGAUAUCAUGAGAUACCCUGGACGGCUCUACUCUGUGAACAGUGUGGAUGCUGACAUGUACAAACAACAAAGUUUUGGAAGCAUUGGUGGUCAUAGUCAGAAAGGAUUUGCUACCGACCUUUCGAAACUUCAAUAUAAGGAGAAAAAACUACUUGGACGUGGAGCCUCUGGAAAGGUCUUUAGUUGUGUCGUGUACAUUCCAGAGAAGGGAGAAACCGUUUGUGCUGUAAAAAAGGUACCACUCACAUUCGACAAUAAUUGUAACUUUGAGAGAGAACUCAAAUUAUUGAACUAUUUGAGCCAUCCUAAUAUUAUUCAACUCUAUCAUGCUACACUUAUAAAAAACAAUCAUGGAGAACAUUGUAUUCACAUGUUCAUGGAAUUGAUGGAUUGCAACGCUCGAAAAUUUAUCAAUGAUUUCAAAGCCAAUUACAUGAUUCAUCCAAAGUAUUAUGUCUAUGAGCUAUUAUUCUUUUUAAGUAAUGUGGCAAAUGGAUUAAAUUAUUUGCAUUUACGAGGAAUUGUUCACCGAGAUGUAAAACCAGAGAAUAUUGCCAUCAAGUACUAUCGUCAUUCUCCUCACACCAUUAAGGAUGUGAAAUUAGUGGACUUUGACGUUGCUAAUAUUGUUCACAAUAGCAAAACUAUUUGUGGUACUCGAGGAUAUUGUGAUCCACAAUUAUUCUCCACGUCCUUAAACCAAAUAGUCGCCAAACCUUCUCUCGAUUGUUUCAGUUUUGGAAUUCUCUUGGCGGAAUUCUUUAUGGAAUAUUCACCGACAGUAUUCUUUAAUUCGAGUGACUCAUUCGAUCAGGGUUAUGAAAAAUUCCAAAAACACUACUCUCCUCAAAAUAUUCAAUUUACCAUUACGAAAUCGAGCAAGUAUAAUUGCAUCCCACCCAAAUAUAGAGAUUCAUUGUCACAAAUGAUUCUGAAUUGUAUUCAGACAGACCUCACAAAACGACCCACCAUGCAACAGAUUGCUUCUGAAUUGGAAAAUUAUCUUUUGAAGAAUUUUAUCAUUAGGGCAGAAGAAGAAUGGCAGCAAUUGCAACGACCAAAACAACAAUAA